UCUGCUAACAGCUAGCUAGCACACAUGCUGCCACGUUAUCUUAACGCCGAAGUAAGUAAGACCACAUUAAGGAAGGCUAUUUGGUGCAUCACGUAUACACAGUUAUGCAGACUGCAAUGCAUCGAAUGCAGAUACAGUGCAAACCCGUAGUUGCUCGCCAGGCCCAGGGGUUGGUUAGCUAGCAAGCAGGAAUGGGUGUAAAAGGCUUGCAGUAUUUCAUGGAGAAAUGUUGUCCAGAAACCUGUGUGAUGGUGGAUCUCAGGGAGAUGGCAAGGCAGCAUGUCAACAGUCACCAACAGGGCAGCAGCAGCACUCCUCCUACACUGGUGGUGGAUGGCAUGGCCUGUCUGAGGCACUGGUACAGCUGUCAAGCCUGGGUGUAUGGUGGCCAGUGGAAAGAGUAUAUGCAUUGCCUGAAGGAGUUUGUGGGUGCAUUCACGACUGCAGGUAUUCGACUUGUGUUUUUCUUCGAUGGGGUAGUGGAAGAAGAAAAACGGGCAGAGUGGGUGAAACGGCGACUGAAGGUCAACGAGGAGGUUGCCAGGGUGUUCCACCAUUUAAAGUGUCAUGGUCAACAGCCUGGCCGGGAGCUGUUCUGCCUCCCCUCAGGGCUGGCCACCUUCUCUCGCUUUGCCCUCAAGUCUCUGGGCCAGGAGACUUGGUGCUCUGUUCGCGAGGCCGACUAUGAGAUCGCCUGCUUUGCCCUCCGUCACAACUGUAUGGGCAUCCUGGGGCAGGACACAGACUUUAUUAUCUAUGACUCAGUCCCCUAUCUGUCUGUGAGUCGGCUGAGGCUAGACACCAUGAUCACUGUGCUGUUUUCCAGAGACAAACUGUGCCAUGCCCUCCAGCUGCAGAAGAGUGAGCUCCCUCUGCUCGCGUGUCUCCUUGGUAAUGACGUGGUGCCAGAACAGCGGAUGCAGCGGCUGCGUAGUGAUGCCCUGGCAGCUUACAGGAGGAAACAUCCACAGUCUCCACCUCAAGGGGAGAAGAUUUAUGCUGUAGCAGAUUUCAUCAGUAGCAACAAGCUGUCCAGAGAGGGAGCCCAUGGUGUUAGCUCUCUGCCUCUAACAGAUAGAGAGGUUCUGGAGAAAGGAAUACAGUACUAUCUACUUCCUGGUCAACAGCCACUAUGGGACAUUAGUGAUACCUCUCCUCAUAGCCCUGUGUGUCUGAUGAAGAGCUACUUGAGUCCUGACAUCCUCAAGGCAGCCAAAGAAAAGCACAUGCGAGCAGAGUGUUUUAUGGUAUACAAUGUACUGUAUGAUGGUGUGGUGGAAUGCAGUAAUACACUUGAAGACAGGGAGGAUGCUGAGCUCACUCCACAGGCAAUUGUGUAUCAACCUUGCAGAGAACGCAUCUACGGCAUUCUGUUACCCACAACUCCAGACAUUGGUGGACGGGCCCCAACUGUGAGGGAAUGGUUUGUCUUUCCUGGAAACCCACUAAAGGAGCCCAAAGUAGUAUCUCCCUUGCCCCUGAACCACUCUGUUGGAAAACUAGAUUUGACAGGUUUAUGGUUUGGGAAGGACUCCGAAACGACAUGCCUCCGCAUCUCCACCUUCUUGGCUGUAUUUGAGUUGGAUGAAUUCUCAGUGGAGCAUGAUCGUCUGGAUGGCUCUUUGAUGUCUGUGCUGUGCCUUGUGACCUACAUUGCCAUGCAGGUGGGCCUCUCCUUGGAAGACAUAGAUGCUUAUCUCAGCCAAGCUAUCUGUGUCAGGUACAAAUCCUACUCAGAACUGCUUCACACAAGGGUCUCUCAUGUGGCGCCCCGGGCAGUUCAGCUGGGCUCUCUGUUUGUCCGAGGGCUGACCCACCUGGCGGCCGCCAACAGCGCUUGCGGAUGCCCCUUCCCCAUGGAGCAGCUGAUGCCCUGGAACACCUUUGACGGCCUGCUCUUCCACUCAAAGUACCUGCUGGCUCACUUGGGGAGGCCACAGGAGGAGCUGCUGGAGGGCAAUGCAUCCUGGGUGUCCCUCUUCCGUUUUCUGAGAGAGCUUGUCCUGGGAGUCUGCAGCAGGCGUGGCCAGACCAUCCAGUCCAGACCACGGACAACACAUCCCGGGAAGCAUGUGGAUCACAGCGAGCAGUGGAGGGAAAGAGGAGCCCCAUCGGGACAGCAUGGUCCCCCUCCUCAACACUGCAGACUCCAGACCAGAUACCCAUCAGGACAGCAUGGUCCCCCUCCUCAACACUGCAGACCUCAGACCAGAUCCCCAUCAGGACAGCAUGGUCCCCCUCCUCAACACUACAGACCCCAGACCAGAUCCCCAUCAGGACAGCUUGGUCCCCCUCCUCAACACUACAGACCCCAGAGCAGAGGUCCCAGAGCACAGUCACAUGAACAUAACAGACCAAGAUCAACACGUCCAAACAGAAGUAGAUACCACCUGGCUCCUAGGUGGCAGAACCCCCAUCCUGAUUUCCCCUGACUGUCAGUGUUGAAUGGAUAGAGGGGGGCCUCCACUUUGGUGAAAUGCAGAACAUCCUUCCUCCAUCAUGCCUUGCCUGGACCCUCCUACAGAAUUGCCCUGUUGUUAAGACCAGCACAGCCCAACACACUCAGGGGAUAUGUCUAAGAUUAUACUGACUUGUGUUGAACUUUGAGAACACAGUUUGUGUUACCAUAACUUCACUAUCAGUUGGAUUGGCUUGGAGAAAUGUAGGUCAUGUUACGUAAUAGUUUGAGACAUUGGUUGCAAUAGGAUAGGAUAUGGGUCACAAGGAGAGGAAGAAGGGCUUUGUAGGAUGUUUUUUUUUUACUAACUGUUUGAGGUGCAGGAAUGUAACAGGUGAAAGAGGACCUGAGGGAGCAGAUACAGUGAGGGGAAAAAAGUAUUUGAUCCCCUGCUGAUUUUGUAUGUUUGCCCACUGACAAAGACAU